AGUCCCGCCCACGCGGAGGCGGGGCCUGCGGCGCGCGGGAAGAAGCGCUAGCGGCGGCGGGAGCUGGAGGCGCAGCCGACUGGCCGCGGCCCUGCAGACCCGGCGGCAUGAAAGUCAUCACUUGCGAAAUAGCCUGGCACAACAAGGAGCCGGUGUACAGCCUGGACUUCCAGCACGGCGCGGCGGGCAGGAUCCACAGGCUGGCGUCGGCGGGCGUGGACACCGCGGUCCGGAUCUGGAAGGUGGAAAAAGGACCCGAUGGAAAGGCCAUUGUUGAAUUUUUGUCCAACCUUGCUCGCCAUACCAAAGCUGUCAAUGUCGUGCGUUUUUCUCCAAAUGGGGAAAUUUUAGCAUCAGGAGGAGAUGAUGCUGUCAUUCUGUUGUGGAAGGUGAAUGACAACAAGGAGCCAGAACAGGUUGCUUUCCAGGAUGAGGAUGAGGCUCAGCUGAAUAAGGAGAAUUGGACUGUCGUGAAAACCCUGAGGGGCCACUUAGAAGAUGUGUACGACAUUUGCUGGGCAGCUGACGGGAAUUUAAUGGCUUCUGCCUCUGUGGAUAACACGGCCAUCAUAUGGGACGUCAGUAAAGGACAAAAGCUCUCCAUCUUUAAUGAACAUAAAAGUUAUGUCCAAGGAGUAACCUGGGACCCCUUGGGUCAGUAUGUUGCUACCCUGAGCUGUGACAGGAUCCUGAGGGUAUACAGCACCCAGAAGAAACGUGUGGCUUUUAACGUCUCAAAAAUGCUGUCUGGAGUAGGGGCUGAAGGAGAGGCAAGAAGUUACCGGAUGUUUCAUGACGACAGCAUGAAGUCAUUCUUUCGUAGACUUAGUUUCACCCCUGAUGGAUCUUUGCUCCUCACACCAGCUGGGUGUGUGGAAUCUGGCGAAAACGUAACAAAUACAACUUAUGUGUUCUCCAGGAAAAAUCUUAAAAGGCCUAUUGCUCACCUUCCAUGCCCUGGCAAGGCGACGCUCGCUGUUCGCUGCUGUCCCGUCUACUUUGAGUUGAGGCCAGUGGUAGAAACAGACAGACCGUCACAGGAGCCGGGUGCGGAGCUGGUGCGCCUGCCCUACCGCUUAGUGUUUGCUGUGGCUUCCGAAGACUCGGUGCUCUUGUACGACACCCAGCAGCCGUUCCCUUUUGGCUACGUGUCUAACAUACAUUACCACACGCUGAGUGACGUUUCCUGGUCCAGCGACGGCGCCUUCCUGGCCAUUUCUUCCACCGAUGGCUACUGUUCCUUUGUGACAUUUGAGAAGGAUGAACUUGGAAUACCUCUGAAAGAGAAGCCGGUUUUAAGCGUGAGAACUCCCGACACGGCAAAGAAAACCAAGAGUCAGCCGCACCAGGGGUCCUCCCCAGGACCCAGGCUGGCAGAGGGGACCCCCACCAGCAAAGUCCAAGACCCCAGCAGUCCCUGCACGCCCCCGCCUCAGGCAAGACUGCCUCCAGCCCCAGCGGCACCUUCCGAGGAGAAGGCAGCCCUGCAGCCCAGCACUCAGAACCCCAAAGCACCCCCAUCCCGGAGGGUCACCCUGAACACACUGCAGGCCUGGAGCAAGACCACACCCCGGAGGAUAAACUUAAUACCCUUAAAGACCGAUACUCCACCGAAUUCUGUACCAACCAGUGUAGUUUCCACCCCUUCGGCAGAACAAACUCAGUCAGAGAUGCCCGGAGACCCUCGCGGCAACCCUCCGGAGCUCAAGCGGCCUCGACUCCACGAACGCGAAGGCAGUGCCCAAGGGCUGGACCCCUGAGGAGACCCAUCUGGGGGCCCCGUGUGCACAGAGAGGGGGGCUGGGCCGGACGCACUGGAGACCAGGGGCGUUAGGUGGAGCCCAACAGACACUCGUGAAUUGAUCUCUGUAACUAAAGAUACGCAUGGACCAGGUUUUCUCCAGAACUGUGUUUGCUCUUGCAUUCAACAUACAUUUUUACCUCGGAGAUGUGAACAUUUUCAUGGACUAAAUCCUCUUUUUGAUGAGUUUCUGAAACGAGCAGUUCAACCUUAUUUUGCAUGAAGCAGUGACUUCUCCCUUGAAAAUACACGGAAGUACAGACAGGUUGCAAGUGGACGCUUCUAAAGCAGGAAUAGAAAGAGGAGAACAGUGUCGGAGAAGGUCUAUUCUGCUGAAUUGACCUUCCCCAUAGUCGAUUUUUAGGAGUUCUUUUGCUUUCUGAUUUUAAAGGUAAUAAUGCUUGUUCUGGAAAGUUUAGUGAGAAUAAGGCAGGAAAACCGGGUCAGGGUGGGCCUCCGCCCUCCUGUUACCAUCAGGAGGAGCCUGGUUGCUGUUGGGCAUAUUUAUUUCCUUGACCUUUUUUUUUUUUCCUCUUAGGGAGAGAGAGUUGAGAUACAGUUUGGUAACCAAAUAGGUUUACUUUUCAGAUUGAUUUUUCAGAGUAAAAGAACUUUCC